AGGAGGCAGCAGAGAGACGACUUAGUUAUUUUCUUGGAAUGCAUUUAGCCUCCGUCUCUGAAGCCCACAUGCACAUAUACCAUCACAGACACAGGGAUGGUAAAGUUUGUGUGUGAGUGCUGCUCUUUCCUUCUUAUGAAAAGCAGUGCUUUAUUUUAAGGAGCUUGGACUCGAGCCUGACACACUUGGACAUCACUGUGACUCGGACUUAGAUGCUCACAGGAUUCAAAUUGUGUUUCAAACAGUUUACUUUUGCAGGUUGGCCCUUUCCCCCCCCUGAGUACAACGCUGAGGUUUUGUCUGAAAUUGUGUUAGUUGCCCGAAUCGAGUAGAUUUGAACCCAGACUUGGACUCGCUGUGUGUGAUGAGGAGGGUGAUGUAUUUGCUGGUGGCAGCGGUCCUGCUAGCCCACCUCGGGGCCACCUUAACAGGAGCGUGGAGAGCAUCUCAGCCCAGGCUGCAGUUCACACACUCUGAGCUGAUCCAGAAUGGCCGGCUGCUCACGCUGCCCUUAAUUGCGGGAGACCUGCACUCCCUGCUGCCCGAUGAAGACAGGAGACGUCUUUAUGUGGCCAUGAAAGAUAACCUUCUAUCCACCAGUCUAGAUGACAUCACGCAAAACCCACGCAAGCUGUAUUGGCCAGCCAGUCCGGACCGUGUCCAAGAGUGUCUCAUGGCUGGGAAGGAUCCAGAGCUGGAGUGUGCAAACUUCCUGCGCGUUCUGCAGCCUUUUAACCAGACUCACCUGUAUGUGUGUGGCACCGGGGCCUUCAACCCUCGCUGUGCUUUCAUACCCACCAGCAUCUUCCACCAGUCAGAGCAUCAGAUUCUCUCCUACAGCCAGACAGAGUGCGGAAAGGGAAAAUGUCCCUACGAUCCAUUCCAGAAAACAGCUUCUGCUGUAGUUGAUGGAGAGCUAUAUGCCGGCAUCACCUCAGACUUCAUGAGCCGGGACUCUGCGUUCUUCCGUAGUCUUGGCAGACGUCACGUCAUCCGCACUGAGCAGUACGACUCCACCUGGCUGCAGGAUGCCCAGUUUGUGCGGGUAGCGCCGCUGUCUGAAACUGAUAAUCCAGAAGAUGAUAAGGUCUACGUGUUCUUCACUGAGCGCGCUCAGGAGGCAGAAGGUGCUGCGGGGAAGGUGCUCUACUCCAGAGUGGCACGCGUGUGCAAGAACGACAUUGGAGGCCAGAGGAGUUUAGUCAAUAAGUGGAGCACUUUCCAGAAGGCCCGAAUGGUGUGUUCAGUUCCAGGACCAGAUGGCCUACAGACGCACUUCGACCAGCUCCAGGACAUCUUUAUCCUUCAUGGGAAAGACAAGAAGAAUCCUCUCAUCUAUGGCCUGUUUACCACUUCAAGUGAUAUCCUGAAUGGUUCAGCAGUGUGUGUUUACCGAAUGGAAGAUGUGCUUCGAGCUUUUAAAGGGAACUUCCUGCAUAAGGACGGGCCUCAGUAUAAAUGGGCAGAAUUUCCAGGCAAGGUGCCCUAUCCACGGCCGGGAACAUGUCCUAGCAGCAGUGCAUAUGGAAGCUAUAGCUCGACCAGAGAGUAUCCUGACGACGUCAUUUUCUUCAGCAGAACUCAUCCGCUGCUGCAGGAAAAUGUCCUGCCGCUAGGAGAGCGACCCCUCCUGGUCAGAGUGGGUGUUCACUACAAGUUCAGCAAACUGCUGGUGGACAGAGUGGAGGCUAUCGAUGGCACCUAUGACGUCCUGUUCAUCGGCACAGACUCUGGACUGGUGUUGAAAGCCAUCCAUCUGCCUCGGGAACACGGCCAGAGUCAGGAGGUCAUGCUGGAGCAGAUGCAGGUCUUUCAGCACAAAUCACCUGUGACAGCCAUGGCGCUCUCAAAGAAAAAGCAGUGGUUGUUUGUGGGCUCCAAGGAGGGUGUGUCUCAGCUGGCCCUUUACCAGUGUGAGCUGUACGGUCAGGCCUGUGCUGAGUGCUGCCUGGCCAGAGAUCCCUACUGCACCUGGGACGGACAUGCCUGCAGCCCCUUUAUGCCUACCGUGCGCAGGAGGAAUGCACGUCAUUUAGGAGAGGAUGAGGAUCCACUAACUCAGUGUGUCAGACAGGGAGGUGAGGAGCUAAUGAACACAUUCACUGGGCUGCAGGUGGAGGCAGAACAGAGGGUGAUGAUGGUUGCAGAGGGUAACAGCACCUACCUGGAGUGUCUGCCUAGAUCGAGACACGCUGCUGUUACCUGGUACAAACAGGCCGGAGAGAACAGUGCUGAACUAAACCAGGUAGUAACUGGUGACCAGAUGGUGGUGAUUGAGCGGGGUGUCCUGAUUCGUCGAGCCGAGCUGUCUCAUGGCGGAGUCUACCAUUGCCAGGUGGAGGAGCACGGUUACCACUGGACUGCGGUCAGCGUGCGUCUCGCUGUGUGGAGCCCCUCUGCCAAUCGACUUCUGGCUUCCUGGUCGGGCUCAUCCUACCAGAGCGCUGGAACCCAGCCGUGGUACGAGGACGUGAUGGCACUGAUUCGCCCAGCAGACCUGGGCCAGCACUGCAAGGCUCUGGGAUACCGCCCCCCGCGCAACCACCGUCGCCAUGGUGACACAAAGGUGGAGCUGAACAAGGAGAAAGAGAGGCACAAGCAUGGGGGAGGAAGAGGAGGAGGAGGAGGAGGAGGAGACGGAGGAGGAAGAGCAGCGGGGAGGAAGAGCAGGAGCAAGGUGCAGCAGAGGGCGCCGAGGAGUGCUUGAGCGUGUGGCUGAGCAAGAGGGCAGAUUUACAGAGACUUCAGCAACUACACGCGCACGCGUACACACACACACACACACACACACACACACACACACACACACACACACACACACA